AUGAUGGGUGAAUUCAAACGUCGAAUGUCGCGAUCAGGAUCUCGGACAAGAGUUGCUCGGUUCUCUCAUACUCCAGAAUUGGAUAAAUUGGAUGCACGACUUGCCCAACCUAUCCCAGUUGGAGUGAGCAGCGUCCAAACGGAAGAGCCGGAGAGAACAUUUGGUCUGGGAGUGUCUACCCGAGAUGGAUUUCCUCCUCUCGAGACUCAUAGAUUUCCGUCAAUCCGCAGACUUUCAUUGUACAAUGGAAAAUCCGCGAGAUCUCCAAAAACAUUGCUACAGACCAUCUUUUCUCCGCGCAAUACAGAAAACGAUAGUCCACCCUUUUCGUACUGGGGACGGGAUGGCCGUGAACCAACGCGACGGACCUCGGCAGAUACAUUCUUCUUAUAUGAAAUGACUCGAUCUUCCCCCUUACGAUCUUCGACUCCCAGUGAUCUUGAAUAUUCCCAUUUGGGAAGGUUUAAGCUUGGCUCUCUUCGCGUUGUUAAUGGCAGUGCUUCUCCAGCCCCAAGUGACCGUGUCCCGAUGAGCGUGAGACGUCAAUCAUUUUCCGACAUGAAAAGCGUUCAUCUGGACCACCGCAACUCUACAGACUUGCUACGGAGCCGAAGCCGAGAUUGGGCCGAUUCUUGUUCUUCUCCCAAUUUACCACAAGGGUCAUAUACUCCAAAUUCACACCUCGAGCCAUCGCCUAAUAGAUUAAAAACCCCGCGAAUUGACCGCAGCAAAAGUCCUUUGAGGUCGGAAUACGGCGGCCCUUUGGAAUCGCCGUCGAACGGAAAACCUGACGCUUGCCUCCCAGUUUUUAGACUCUCUUGGCCUAACAAUCCGGAAGCAUUGCUUGGAAUUUCUUCGAUUCCUGGGAGCAUAAAAGAUCAACCCCUAGACCCUGCCACAUUGACGAGUCUAUCCCAUGAGCCUAAUCAGGCUUUACUAGCAAAUUCCAAGCCGAAUGAAUUUGAUGAUAGCCUUUUCAACGAUGAAAGCAAGGAAUUGGUGCAAACGAGAAAGAACGAGCCUAUUGAGCGUGAAUGGAACGACGAGCCGAACCGAGGCCGUUCCAUGGAAAAUUCAACACGGAAUAGCACUGGAAGAGUGAAAGGGCGAAACCCAUAUGCGUUGACCAAAGCAGAUAGCGGUUACAGUUCUGCUUCUUCAAAUAAAUCCUUGCGUCGUCACAAAUCAGCGUUGACUGCAAGGGCCGACAGCAAGGAUGAGCCAGCUGGGCAGCCGAAUCUAAUCUCCGCUGGAACAACAAAUGCCAUUGAAGAAUGCAAUGAAACAUGCACUUCAAGGCCUGCUUCUCGAAGGAGAUCCCUAUCGGGCACACCUCCGCCGGUUCCGCGGAAGGAUACUCCUCCCGUUUUAAAACCCCCGAACUUACACCAUUCUCGCCCAAGAGAUGAGAAAAUGAAUCAAGUUUUGUCUCCAACUGCACCGACAAACGCCAGCUUUUCACAGCGUAUGGCUCGCAUCAGAUCGCUUUCUAAUGUUGCUCCCAAGCAAGCCUCGCCAGCUACACCUAUCCUUUCUCCAAAGCCGCUUGAUAAAGGAUUCCGCUCGUUCCUUAACGAGAACACUCCGGAGAGGCAGCAAAGUUCCUGGCUAUGGAACCCCAGUCGUUCACAACACAACCCUCACAAGAACUUCGACGCCCACUAUAUCUCUCCCGUAGAUAACCAUAUGAACGAAAAUUUGAUGCCGAUUAAUCGAUCCAAAUUGGCUCAGACCAAAAAGUCAACAGACCGAGCUCGCAUUACCAAUCCGCACCUUCUGCAGGCACGCAGGCUCCACCGUCCACAAUCAAUGGUAAAUUUAAAUGACUACACUUCGGACUCGGAACACGAUCACCAAUAUCGCCCUCAACUGCACCAACCAGAAAAGCAACAGCAAAGCCAUGGCUGGGUGCGCAGCUCCUUCUUCCAGCAUCGGAGCCGCGGCAAGAAGCGAAAUACAGCCCCUGGCGACGGCAUGAACUUCUUCGGCCAUAGGCGAACGGGAUCCAAGCCGGCCAAUAACCAAAAACACGCCCCCAAGAGAAAUGCAAAUUUAUCCACGGCAACGGAAUCCGUCCGUCACCACCGAAACCCGUCAACUAGAAAUCUGGAUCGUCGUUUGCCUCCAACUCCGCCUGGGAAGCAUGAAUUGGUGACGCGGGACAACACCACAACCCCCUGGGUUGACUCCAGAAGCAAUCACAUUACAACCAGCGACAACAGGAACGCCAAUUACAAUAACUGUGAUGAUAAUAUCGCGGAACAUACCCAUUCCGCUUCUAUAUUUACAGGACCGUUCCCCCUUCAAAAUCUAAGAAUUGAUGUGAAGCCGAAGCGGAGUUUCUUGCAUGAGGUGGAAGGGAAGAGGGAUCCUUUCUUUUGUGUUGGAUUUCCGCAGUCGCAGUCGCAGCUGCAUAACUCAGGGACUCAGUGAACAAAUUGAGUGAGGUUGAGGCCUGGUGCUACUUGCUUGUUUAUUCGUUUUGCUGAAUAGAGUGUAAUGAGGAUUUUAUUCAUCGCCUAUUUAUUAUCUCUUCAUCUUUUGCAAUCUCAUUACACACUACCCGUAUCACUCACUCCAGUUACCCUCUCGCCCCCUUGGCUUUUCCUUUCGAGAAACAUCUUUACAUUUUAUGCUUUUCUCAUUCUGCUGCGACGAAUCACAGAUGAUGACACCAGAAAACAAUGGGAACGGCCUAAGAUUAUUCAUUUGGUUGUAAUUUUGUUUUUGAAUGUUGCAAGUCUAUCUAACUUGCUCUGCCUUCAUAACGAGAUGUCUAAUCCUCCUCUUUGCUUUAUCGGGGGCAAAAGGCAAAUCCGAUAUAUUCUUGCUUAUAGACAGAGCUCACCUGCCGCUCACAUUCUUGUGUAAUUUCAUUUACGACUUCAUUUAAGUUUUAUUGUUUUUUAAAAAU